AAAAAUGGAAAACGAAAAAGCAACAUCUAAUGAUCAUACAAAAGAGGAUGAUGACGAAAAUCCAACGAAGACUGAAUCAAAUAUAUCACCAGAAAUAUUAUUAACCGAAAAACAAAACAACAUAGAGGAAGAGGACAAUCAGCAUAAACUAAAAGUUGAACCAACUUCAAAUACAUUAGCACGUAUUCCAGACAGUGACAGAAACAGGGCAAUAGGGAAUGUGACCAUUAACGAAAGUACCAAGCAAAACAAAGGUGCCACUACAACUAGAGACGAACUUAUUAUGAAGAUAGAACAACUGGAAAAUCAGAAGAAAGCUCUUAGACAAAAACAACUUAUUAAAGAAAUACAAUCAUUACAAUCAGAAGAACAAACAAACCUUCAAGACGAUUUAAAAGCAGAUUCAUUCGGAACAAAUGAAGUACAGAAUGUUUCCAACAGUGUAGCACCUAUGGCAACUGAUAUUUCAGCCCGGUCUAAAAUUGAUAUGCAACUGCAAGAAUUAAAUGAGAAGAUAGAACAGACAAGUAAAUAUGUGGAAGAAAGGAAAAAAGCAGACGACUUGUCAUCUCUUACUACAGAAGAAUUGCAUACAAAAGUGCAAGAACUUAAACACAGGAAGGAGUUGUUAUCCAAAUUUCGACAGAAGGCACAGGUUAUAUCCUUGAUACAAGAUUUACAUACACAGGUGUCAGCAAUGAAGGAGAAUGUUAAAACUAUAGAGGAUAAGAUUAUUCCAAGUGAUCGUCUGAAAGUGUAUGCAUUGUCACCUUCUGAAAUAGAUGUUUACUGGGACCCAGUAGACUAUACAGACUUGAAGGCUUAUACCUUAUUCUUCAGAAAACAAACAGAUGAUAAUACCGUGUUCCAUGCAGUACAUCCAGAUGUGUCUUUGACGUCUUAUGUAAUAGAAGAUCUUAAAUCAGGGACAACAUACGAUGUGAAAUUAGAGGGCCUUGCAAACGAAGGAUAUCGAAUAAUUACAGAGUGUUCCCAAAUAACAACAUUCAAACCAGUAAAUGGAUUUGCGUUAAUCAUAGCAAACCAUUCGAAUUUCCAAUUGUCUCAUCUAACGGAUCUAGAUGGUAUUCAAACAGAUAUAUUCAGCUUUAAAGAACAACUAGAAGGUUUUGGAUUUGAAGUUUUGAUUGAAGAAAAUAUAACUGGACUAGGAAUAAUUCAGGCAGUGGAAAAAUAUUCAUCCCGCCUAGAGCAACAUGAAAAUGACUGCUUUAUAUGUGUUGUUACUGGUUACAUGUAUAAUGGUAACAUUUAUGGAACAGACGGAAUACCAGUUUUACUGAACAAAGUGUUUGAACCACUACGGGUUGCCGAUAAGAAGGAACAAGACAAAUGUGAAAUCGGGGAAGGCAAAGUCAAACUUGUAUUUGUUGAUGCGUUUAAAGUACGUGAGCAAGUCAUCGAAGAAUUGGAUGACUCGUUACAGCCAAGAGCAGUUCAGUUUCGAUCGACGUCAAAGACAGUUUUAGAAGCUUCUUGGAAAAGACCGAAACUUUCCAAAAGGAAAUUGAAGGACUUUAAGUUAUUACUACACAACACUUUUACAUCACAAAUAAAACAUGUACCCUUUAAUCAACAAAACGAUAGUUAUUCCUGCAAAUUCGAUAAACUAAAUUCUAAUACUGAAUAUAACCUGGAAAUUUCAGCUGAUUUUGAAGAUGGCUAUUCUGGAAAGCCAGUGAAAGCCACAUUAACAACGUUUCAACCACAAUUUAUGCAGCCUAGAAAACUUUCAGUAGAAGCUGUAUCGUCAUCUCAAAUCUAUGUCUACUGGAUACCACCAAAACCUGAGUCCCGGGCAGUUCUGGGUUAUAAAGUGUCAAUCAGGGAUCAAACACACGAAGAGUAUAGUCAGAAGAUGACAACGUAUACAUGUAUUGUGUUUAACGAUCUAAAGGAAGGCACAGAGUAUAAUAUAUCUGUGACAACGAUUGUAGAGGGGAAGGUGAUUGACAUUGAAACUGAAGUCAGAGACGAAGAAAGUAUGCCAGUAUAUAUUGAUAUAACAACACUAGCAGACCGAACGCCUUCAAUGAUGUCAGGAUCAACAGUUCAGUAUUUAUUGGAAGAACCUGACUUUUUUAUUGCAUCUGCAACUGCAACUACUGCAUACAAGUCUUCAACGUCAUCAUUUCUUAAUACUUUGAAGAGGCAUCUUGGAGAAAAAUACGAAAAGAAAGAUAUACAAAGUAUAGUCGAAGAUGUCAAGAAGGAAAUAAUAUGCUCAUUGGACAAUUAUGAAAUUCCACAGUCUGUAACAACAUUACGUUAUCCCGUAUUUCUCGGAAAGGUUUAA